AUCUUAGUUCCCGAAACACAUUCAAACUGUACGAAAGUGUAAAGAAACUCGUGAGAGAAAAAUAAAUAAGAUUUAGAGAAAAUAUUAAAAGUUUCAUAAUCAUGUCAUCAAAUUUUAUAACGAAGUGUGUACUUGUGACAUUUUUCACAUUUAUCAUGACAAGCAGUGGAAGUCCAAUUGAAACUAUCGAGGCUAAUGAUAUCAUUGUUUGCCCAGAAGGAGCACCAAAUGAUGUGACAGAUGGUAUAGUUGUCUAUCCAAACAAAUAUGAAUGCGCAAACCUUGGUGGCUUGUGUGUACAAAGUGAUAAGUGCAGAACUCUUGUGUCCGCAAAAGGAUUGUGUGGUUCUAAUAAAAGGAGCGUUGAGUGUUGCUUUGAACUUCAACCGCAAUAUUACCCUUGUCAUCCCUAAACUUCAAAAUUUAUAUUUAUGGUACUUUAACUUUUAAUUAAUGAUGUUUCAAUGGCUGAUUGUUAUAAUGUUCCAAUUAAUUAUGUUCGUUUAAUUAAUAAAUGUCAGCGAGAUUUUAUCCUUUCGCUGAUAAAAAAAAUCCCCUUUCACAGC